GAAGAGAAGCUGAUAUGAAGUUAGCCAUUUUAAAGUGCUAAGCUAAUUCUACUAAAGCCUGCUGAUCCUCCCCAAACAAUUAGCUGCUAAGCAGCUAAAACAUCUGGUAUUAUAUGCCGCUUUAAAGGUAAAUUAAGCUGUAUAAACCGGAAGGAUGUUCGGUAGGUCGUAUCAGCCGCUUUCUCAGAGGGACUCAGGUUCCCAGAAGACCCCUGGUUUGUUUGGUGACUCUCACAGCUUUUCACAGCCAAGCUUCCACAAAGGACUUUCGUUUGAUUAUAUCCCAAAUAUAUCUGCAAACAACUUUACUGAUGCCUCUCAGGGAUGGCUGUCUUGGCUCUGCAACCUGAUUGUGAUUUUCCUUGUUUACAUAUUUACCUUCAUAACCUUCCCAGUAACAGGUUGGUUUGUUCUAAAGACUGUUCCGAACUACCAGAGGAUAGUUGUGUUUCGUCUGGGUCGGGUUUGUCCUCCAAAAGGCCCCGGGAUAGUGCUGGUGCUUCCCCUCGUUGAUCAGUGGCAGAGAGUGGACCUGAGAACUCGGGCCUUUAACAUCCCUCCAUGCCAGGUGGUUACUCGGGACGGUAGCAUACUGUUGGUCGGAGCAGACAUCCAGUUCAGGAUCUGGAACCCAGUUAUGUCAGUGGUGUCGGUCCAGGACCUGAAUGCCUCCACCAGGAUGACUGCGCAGAAUCUUUUGACUCACAGUCUUUCCAAAAAGACUGCCAGAGAAAUUCAGACUGAGAGACUAAAACUAGAGGAAUAUCUUGGGAUGGACAUAAAUGAGCUGACUCAUCCCUGGGGGCUGGAGGUGGAUAGGGUAGAGCUAACCUUCGGUUCUCUACUGAAAGCCCCAGAGGAAGGCCAGACUGCACACCUCUCCCCACCUUCUCCCGCACCUUCUGCACCCGGACUUGAAGGCCUCACUGGCCCCCUUCAGCAGCUGGCCAUGCACUUUCUUAGCCACAGUGGUAACUCACAGCCACAACAACAAGACAGAGUAACUCUCACAAAUGAGCUCAGCGUUAAACCAGAGGCUGCCAUGGCCACAGCAGGUUCUGUUGAGGAGUUGCUCACUGGGGUCCAAACGCUCCUCUCUGAAACUUUGGUCCAACAGGUCGGAGCUUGUUUCCAGUUUGAGAUCAGCACUGCAGAUGGACAGCAACAGCAGUACUACCUGGAUUUAAGUCACGGUAGCGGGGCAGCUGGAUCAGGGUCCUUGUGUCGACAGCCCGAUGUGACUAUGAGCAUGAACGACUGCGACCUCGUGGACAUGUUCCAGGGGAGGCUGCAGCCAUACGCCGCGUACGCCAGCGGCAGGCUCAAGGUGCAGGGAGACAUCAGGACGGCCAUGAAGCUGGAAGAAAUCAUUAAGCAACUUAAAAAUUAGCUCUCAAUUUUGGUUAAGUUAUGCUUUUAAAUGUGUGUUGUGAUUAAAAUAAUCAAA